AUGGCCGACCAACUGCAAGAGCAGCUCACAAACCUCGCCUGGACACUCAAGUCCCAGCUCUUCACCGCCGCCGACAUGCUCGACCGCCAAGCCGACCUCGCCGCCACGCUCAUCCGCGAGACGCUCUCCUCAACCCCCUGGCUCCCCGAAGCCGCCCGCCCACCGCCACCGCCGCCGCCGCCCCCACUGGCACGAAUCAUCCCCAGAGCGGGCAUGGGGCGGUGGGUGAAGGACAACAAGUGGGCCGUCGGCAUCGUUGUCGCAACGGGCGUCGGAAUCGGCGCGUGGGUGUACGGGAAGCGCAAGCAGCGCCGGCGCGCAGGAAGACGGGCGCGCAAGGCGGCGGACGGCGGGAGGAAGGAGGUUGUGGUGCUGGCGGGGUCGCCGCAUGAUCCGGUGGCGAGGAGUCUGGCGCUGGAUUUGGACAGAAGGGGGUUCAUUGUGUUUGUAGCUGUUAGCACGGUGGAGGAUGAGCAGGUGGUGAUUAAUGAAGGCCGCGCCGAUGUCAGGCCGUUGAAUAUCGAUAUUUUGGAUCCCGACUCGUCCCAAUCCGCAAUCGAAAAGUUCCACACCUACCUCACCACGCCCAUCCCCUCCUUCCCGGGCGCACAUCCACACCGCCUGCACUUCAGCGGCCUCAUCCUCCUCCCGACCACCUCCUACCCCACCGGCCCCCUCGAGACCCUCCCCCUCGAAUACUGGUCCGACACCCUAAACCUAAAGCUCCUCUCCCCCAUCCUCACCACCAAGCUCCUCCUCCGCCCCAUCUGCGAGACCCACGCCCGCAUCAUCCUCUGCACACCCAACAUAAUCCCCCCGCUCUCGCCGCCGUUCCAUGCCCCAGAGUGCGCAGCCGUGGCAGCGCUCCAUGGCAUUGCGGCGAGCCUCCGCCGCGAGCUGGCGCCCUCGGCGGUGAGUGUGUGUUUGAUGAAGCUGGGCACGUUUGAUACCGCUGCGGCGAUGCCCGGAGGGGGCAAGGGGGUGCAGCUGCUGAAUGCGGCGAGGGCGGAUAUACUUGGGUGGGCGCCGGGGCGAGGGCGGCGUAUGCGAGGGGGUAUGCGGCGAUGCGGGCGGGGGGCGCGGGGGGUGGGGUGA